GAGUAACAGAGGGGGAGAGAGAGAGAGAGAGAGAGACCUGUGAUCUCCACUGCCAGUGAAUGACAGACAGGAGGACAGAAACAGAGAGAGCAUAAUUUUCACUGGACGCUUUGAAGUCGCAUACCUGAGUGGCGCUGUACUCCCAUCCCGUCCUACAGCCAUGUCGUCUGGGGGCUUCGCCUCUGUGUUCUACAGUGAGCCAGGUGUCCUGGGUCUCCUGGCCAAUGUGUUCAGCGCCUCCUACGUUGCCCUGCAAAACUUUGCUCACUUGGGGACGGGCAAGCCAGCCCUUGGUGUGGAGAACACGCUGGCAGGUGUGCACCUCAUUCUGGUCGGGGGCCUGGUCCAGCUGGUCGCUGGGCUCCUGACCUUCCGUAAAUACGACCAUCUCUCCGGCACCACUUUCGUGGCCUUCUCAGCGCUCUGGGGAAGCUACGGGGCCACGCGGCUGGUGCUGGGCUCCUGGGAGAUCGCAAACUCUGGGGUGAACAUCAGCCGCACCUCAGAGGCCAUCACCGGCUUCACAUAUUCCAUAGCCUUCCAGAACAUCAGCUCGAUCCGGCCGCCCAUCGUCGAAUCGGCUGUGGCGGGCAUGGUGCCCUAUAUCGCCGUAGCCUUUAUCGUCACCUUCUGCUCAGCCACGGCCAACUACUUGAUGCCGGUGGUGUUUGGCGCCAUUACAGCUACGCUGGUGAUGGAGGCCAUCGGUCUGAGGGCCACUGCCGCCCUGGGGGUGGCGGGGGGCCUGCAGCUUGUGAUCAUGGUGGUCGGUCUGUACAGCGCCGCCGCCCUGCUCCUCAAAGGCAUCUACCAGCGGCACGUCCUCCCCGGGUUUGGUAAUGCGCCAUUCGAUGUGCUCCUGCUGGGUGCCGCCAUCAAGUCGACCGAGAGGAAGCAGGCAAGGAAGGCUGGCGAGGAGGACGAGGAGAAGAAGAAGAACAGCAAGUAUGCAGAGCCUUUCGCCCUGGGCAACAUGGCCGAUACGGUGGCUGCCACCAUCCUCGCCUUCCACAGCUUUGGCUACCCUGCCUCCUUCCAGGUGGGGGUGCUGUGGGUCAGCAUUAAUGCUGUGGCCCAGCUGAUAGCCAGCUACUAUGCCUGUCUGCGCGGGGACGUCUUCCACUGCAGCAAGUUUGGGCUGCACUGCACCUUCUGGCUGGUGCUGGCUUGGGAGGGGCUCGUGUCCUCCAAAUUCCUGCCGACAGAGGUGGACCAGGUCCAGACCGCCCAGCUGGGGGGCUGGUUCUUCCUCCUGGCGUCGCUGUUGCCGUGCCUGCUGUCGCUGUGCCGCGACCGGGCCGAACUCUUGCACAACCUGUUGUUUGCUCUUGUCACAGUGGCGGCGCUGCACCAGGUGCCCAGUCACUCACGGGGCCCCUUCAUGGGGGUGACCCUGUGCUUGUAUGCCACCUUCAGCCUUGGCCUGUCGUUCAUCAGUUUGGUGAACUCCAUUGCCGAAAAGAUCCUGAUCUCCAGGGGCACCCGAUUCCUCACUGCUGGCAAGUUGCAGGAGAUGCUGUUCGGAAUUAAGCGUUGCUUGACCCCCUACCCUGCCUCAGUGCCCCCAGCCCCUGCCUCCCCCAGCCAGCUCUCUGCACGCCUGCCAGACACCCUGUUCUUCCUUUGCAAUGGGCUGGCAGCUUGGGCGGCACUGGUCACACCCUCCGCCAGCCUGGCACAGGAGAUGCAGGUGCUGCCCGGGAUCCUGGUCCCUGGAACCGUGAUGCAGCUCUACGUGGCGCGGCUGCAGGUUCGAGGAGGCCGUCGGUUUGGGCUCACGGUGCCCUUCUGUUAUGCAGCCAUCUGGUCCACGUGGGCUUGUCUCAGACUGACAGGUUCCCCUGUGGGUGCCGCCACGUUCUCUCUGCACGCCCUCACUGCAGCAGCGGUGUCCUUUCUUGUCAUCAACUUUUUCAUCAUCAUCAUCGCGGCUUACAGCACAGUGGUUCUGCUGGUGCUUGCUCUGACCAUGGAGGGCCUGAUGAUCUGCUUCCUCCUUACCACCUUGGGCAAGCCUAGCUUUGAUGCAGAAGUUGGCCUGCUGGCUUUCUUUGGUGUGAUGUGCCUUUAUGGUGCCACUGCAUCCCUGACCAAUAACAUCUUCGAAAAGAACCUAAUCCCACUGGGCCCCAAGGUCAUCAAGUCGUCGAAGCCCAAGGCCGUCUGUGGGACAGACCCUCCUUGUCCCUGCCCAACCUCUGAGAAGACCAGCGGCCUGCGAACCAUCGCAGACAUCCUGGGUCGAGGGGGUGUGUGCGGCAUCCCAUCUGACACGGUGUACACGCUGGCUGCUUCGUGCUCCCACCCAUCAGCCAUCCAGCGCAUCUACAACAUCAAGGAGAGGCCAAUGGAAAAGCCGAUUUGCCUGACGAUCGCCAAUCUCAAGCAGCUGGAAGCCGUCAACCCGCCGUUCAGCCCUCUGCUGUGGGAGUUCAUGCGCCAUGUGUAUCCGGGCGGCAUCGGCUGCAUCGUCCACAAGGGACCAUGGCUGCGCAAACUGGGAGUCGGUGAGGCCUAUGACUACGUGGGAACCAAGGACUCAAUCAUGAUCCGGAUUUCGGACCUGACAGUGACGUGCCACCUCCUGAGCAUGACAGGACCACUGGCCAUCACUUCCGCCAACCCCAGCGGGGAGCCGGACAGCACGCACCAUGACAUGGUUGUAACGCGUUUGGCGGACAAGCUAGAUGGCGUGCUAUGUGACGGAGACUCCACCGAGCUGGUGUCCUCCACCGUCGUCAUCUGCACCAAGAUUGACGAAGGGAAGCUCUCCUUCCUUAGGGAGGGGGCUGUGUCAAAAGCCAAGGUCCUAGAGAUCUUCGAGAAGGUUAAAAGCAAGGUGGCUGCCACGCAGAAUGCCUGAGAGGAGGGACUGCAUGUGCAGGGACACCCGAGGAAUCACAAGACACUGGACACACCAAGACGUGGACAUAAGCUCCUGGGACACAGACACAAAGAUACAUCACACAGGAAGUCAGAGAGACAGAAACACACACACAGAGCCAGGAAGUUGCUGCACACUGAAAUGCCACCCUGUAGUUAAGUCAGUACUUACUUGAAAUGGUGAGAAAUUGUUACAGUGAAGACUACAGUAUGUGUUCAGGGUAACAGAUCUUGCAUUUAGAUAAAUGAAACAGUGAA